AUGACGACCCGAGAACCUCGGCGGACCGACGGGUUGAGGUUUCUGACGCGGUCUGGCCCGGCCGAGCUCAUCCUCCGCAUCCUCCAAUACUGUCAUUCGACGCGAGACGUCCUCGCCCUUGUCUCGACAUGUCGGCAUGUGUGUGAUGUCUGGCGCGGAAAUGUCGCCGCGGCCGUAUGGCCCGUCUGGCUUCGCGAGAUUCCGCAUUUCCAGGACGCCCUCACGGCAAUCCGGACAUCCGAGCGCUCGCUCGAGGCGCAAGACGACGUUUUCGGCCCCAUUGCCGAGUGGCUUCUGGAUAGCAUCUUAGCCGACAAAGAGUCUCGACAAGCCAUGGCGGACCGCUUUGAGCAAGGUUAUGGUCGCGCAGAAUAUUGUCUUACCCACCCGCGGCUCCCGGACGGAUGUAGCCCUUGUAUCGCGAAGCCCCUCGCUGACGGCCGUGGAAGCCACUCGGACGCGCAUCUUGUCGUGUGGGAGCUGAUGAAGAUGUUCUGGCUGGUUGAACAAGUCCGACCCCACGCAUUGGACCAGUGGAUCCUUGACCGCGACGCGCCUCGCCCGCCAUCAACCCAGAGUGAGGGUGUUGGCACCGACAAGAACAACGGAGGUCGGCUUGAAUUGACAGUAGCUGUAUUCUUUGGGAUGUUCGGGGCCGAGGAGACACUGCUACUGACGUCACGGGCUGAUAGCCUCGAUGGCCCUGAUGGCCCCUGGAGGCGGCUGAUAACGCGACCGGCGGUGCCCGAGACAAAUGGGAAAGGAACCCCCAGAGAUGGGAUGCCCCCCAACAUCAUGAGUGUAGCAGUGCUUUUCAACUAUAUCUUCAACCACUCCGGACGACCGAAUCACAUUGGUUGGACGGAUGAGCCUGUUGCCGCGUUAGAAUUCAAGUUCUUUGAGUAUUUCCUUCAGCGACAUCUCGAGCUCUGUUUGGACUGCCAACCUUUCCGCGAAGACGGCUUCGAGUUUGAGUAUGGAUCAUUGCAGGAGUUCAUCGUUACCAUUGCAAUCUUCUCCCACGAUGAUGUUGAAAGCCGCAACUCACACUGCUUCUGGAACUGGAAGGCAAGGCUGGAGGAGGCCGACUUUCUUGACGGCUCCGAGAGGCUCACGACAUAUCCCCCAGACUUCACCCGCUACUACGAGGAGCGAUUUCAGUGA